AUGGCUUCACUCUCCACCACCACCACCACCGCUCUCGCCCCUCCUCUCCGUCCACCCACAACCUCCCGUAUCCGCUCACAAUCCAUUUCCCUCCCCAAUCCCCACCCAAACCCCAACUCUCCCUCACCUUCUUCAAUCACCGGAGUAGAUAAACUCCGGCACACAACAAUGUCGGUGACGGAUGAACGAACAAAGAGAAUAGCGAAGGAAGUGGAGAAGAUGAAAUCGAAGGAAGCGAAGGAGAGAAAGGAGAUGACGAGUAGGAAGGUAGCGUCGCAGAAAGCGGUGUCGGUUAUACUUCGUAGAGAGGCUACGAAGGCUGUUAUUGAUAAGAGGAGGAGGAAAGGGCCUGUUAAUUCUAAGAAGCUUUUGCCGAGAACUGUGCUUGAAGCGUUGCAUGAAAGGAUUACGGCGUUGCGUUGGGAGUCUGCUCUUAAGGUUUUUGAGCUACUGCGUGAACAGCUUUGGUACAGACCUUACGCAGGUGUAUACAUCAAGUUAAUAGUCAUGCUUGGAAAAUCUGCCUACGGUAGGAGUGGUCUCUUGGAUAAAGCUUUUUCUCUUCUUGAGGAAAUGAAGAAUACACCUGGUUGUCAGCCAGAUGUCCAGACUUAUUCAAUCCUCAUAAAAUCGUGCUUGCAGAUUUCUGCCUUUGACAAAGUUCAAAGUCUUUUAUCUGACAUGGCCGCUCUUGGUGUCAAACCAAACACAGUCACCUACAACACCCUUAUUGAUGCUUAUGGGAAGGCAAAAAGGUUUUCAGAAAUGGAAUCCACACUUUUGGAAAUGCUUGCUGAACAAGAUUGUCAACCUGAUGUAUGGACCAUGAAUUCAACACUCCGGGCCUUUGGCAACCUAGGGCAGAUAGAAACAAUGGAGAGGUGUUAUGAGAAGUUUCAGGCAUCUGGAAUCCAACCAAAUGUUCAAACCUUCAACAUUCUCUUGGAUUCCUACGGCAAAGCCCAUGAUUACACGAAAGUGAGUGCUGUAAUGGAAUACAUGCAGAAAUAUCAUUAUUCUUGGACUAUUGUGACCUACAAUAUUGUGAUUGAUGCUUUUGGGAAGGCUGGGGAUCUCAAACAGAUGGAGUAUUUGUUUAGACUAAUGCGGUCAGAGAGAAUAAAACCUAGUUGUGUCACACUGUGUUCACUUGUGAGGGCUUACGCACAUGCAGGUAAGCCUGAAAAAGUUGGCGGUGUCCUGCGUUUUGUUGAUAACUCAGAUGUAACACUAGACACUGUAUUCUUCAAUUGCUUGGUGGAUGCUUAUAUGAGAUUAGAUAGUUUGGAUGAGAUGAAGGGAGUGCUUGAGAUCAUGGAACAUAAAGGUUGUAAGCCCGAUUUCGUAACUUAUAGAACAAUGAUUAAAGCUUAUUCAUCUAAGGGUAUGCAUAGUCAUGUUAAGGUGCUUAAAGAGCUCCUUGCAACAGUGAAGAAGCCUCCUUUAGAAAGAAACAAAUCUGACUUUUGA